AUGCUGAAGACAGACACCCCUUCGGCAGUGGCGGCCAAUGUGGCCGCCGAGGAAGCCGUGUUGGCCGAUCCGGACGAUAUGGAGCUGUUGGCGAAAAUGGGCUACAAGCAGGAACUCCGGCGCCAGUACUCGACCGUCCAGAUCUUCGCCGUCGCGUUUAGUAUCAUGGGCCUCGUGCCGUCGAUCGCAUCGACCCUCGCCUUUUCGCUACCGGCCGGCCCUGCAGGAAUGGUCUGGGGCUGGUUCACCGCGAGUAUCCUCAUCUUCUUCGUCGGUCUGGCCAUGGCCGAUAUGGCAUCCGGCAUGCCCACCGCGGGCGGCCUCUACUGGUGGACGCACUACUUCGCCGGCGACCGAUACAAGAACGCGCUGAGUUUCCUGGUCGGAUACAGCAACACGCUGGGGUUGAUCGGCGGCAUGUGUUCGGUGGAUUAUACCCUCGCGCUCAUGCUCCUGGCCUGCGUCUCCAUCACCCGCGACGGCGAAUACUCGGCCUCCAACGGCACCAUCUACGGCGUCUACGCCGGGCUCAUCAUCAUCCACGCGCUGGCCGGCAUCUUCACCGGCCCCAUCAUGCCCAAGAUCCAGACCUUCUGCAUCUACAUCAACGCCGCCAUCAUCAUCGCCACCGUCGUCGCCCUCCCCGUCGGUCGCGUCUCGCGCGGCGAGUCCCUCAACUCGGGCUCCUACGUCUACGGCCAUGUCGAUAACCUGACGACCUGGCCGACCGGGUGGGCGUUCAUCCUGGCGUUCCUGGCGCCCAUCUGGUCGAUCGGGUUCUUCGACUCGUGCGUGCAUAUGAGCGAGGAGGCGCUACACGCGGCCAAGGCCGUGCCCCUGGGGAUUAUCUACUCGGCUGGGUCGGCGUGCGUGCUGGGGUUCCUGGUGCUGUCGAUCAUCGCCGCGACUAUGAACCCGGACGUCUCGGCGACGGCGGGCAGCGUGUUCGGACAGCCUAUGGCGCAGAUCUACUUUGACGCGCUCGGCAAGAAAGGUGCCCUCGGCUUCAUGGGCGUGCUCAUCGUCAUCCAGUUCCUCAUCGGACUCAGUCUGAUUGUAGCAGCCUCCCGCCAGGCAUGGGCCUUCUCGCGCGACGGCGCCCUCCCCUUCUCCGGCUACUUCCGCCACGUCAGCAAACGCAUCCGCUACCAGCCGGUGCGCGCGAUCGUCGGGCUGGUCGCCGUGUGCAUCGUGUUCGGGCUGCUGUGCCUGAUCAACUCGGUCGCGGCGAACGCGCUGUUCUCGCUGUUCGUCGCCAGCAACUACGUCGCCUGGGGCACGCCCAUCCUGUGCCGGCUGAUCUGGGGCAAGACGCGCUUCACGCCGGGCGAGUUCUACACGGGGCGGUUUAGCCGGCCCAUUGCUGUGGUCGCGGUGCUGUGGCUGGCGUUUGGGCUGGUGUUGUCGAUGUUUCCGUCUACGGGGCCGAGUCCAGGGCCCAAGGAUAUGAACUACACGAUUGUCAUCAAUGGCUUCGUGUGGGUGGCCUGCAUGACGUACUAUUUCCUCUUUGCGCGCAAGUGGUACACAGGGCCGAAGAUGACGAUCGACGCGAGCGAGCGACCAGCGGGCGAGGCGAGCCACAGCCAUCACUCCAAUCAUACCCGCCACCCCGGCAAUACCGUAUCCCAGCGAAGCCGGGGUCGCCUGGGCGACGCCGGCACCCUCGGAGGUGGACGAGCUGGCGCCCGCCGAGUUCGACGCCGUCGCGCCCGUCUGCGCGGCGCCGGUGUUGGUCGCGGCGGCCGCAGACGACGUGGUCAUGGUAGACGUGCUGACCUGGCCGUUGGUGCCGGUCAGGGUGGUCAGCUGGGUGAACUCGCUCCAGCGGGAGGAGGCGCGGCUGCGGGCGUCCGAGGCGUCGCUGCGGGCGUCGGACGCGACGGAGGUGGCCCACGACUGGGCGUUGGAGGCGAUGUCGCCGGCCUUGGAGGUGAUGGAGCUGGCGGCGGCGCCGCCGGCGGUGCGGGCUUCCGAGGCGAGCGAGGUGGCCGAGUCGACGACGUCCGAGGCAACGGACUGGCCGCCGCUGGCGACGGAGUGGGCAACGCCCUCGGCGGCCGAGACGAUGUUGCCGAUGUUGGGGUCCUCGGGGCUGGCGGCGGCCAGGGCGGAGGUGAGGAGGAGGGAGGUGGACAGGAUGGUGAAGCGCAUUUUGACUGGAUUAGGUAG